AUUCCUGCACUCACUCACCCACUCACUGCAGUUGACGCUUGUAAACAGUGAACCUCUCAUGAAGCGGAUACGAGUUUUUUUAUUCACCGGUCACCAUGCACGCACUGUACUGCUCAUGGAUCGACUGAACAUUCUCGCUGUGCACAACUGGAAGGCGGUCUUGCAAACCAGUGCACGCUGUAUGCACUGAACCCGCUGCUAAGAGAGUCAUAUCAGUCAAUAGUUCCAGGCAGACAAGGCCACCCUCUUCAUACCACAACCUUUUUUUUUUCAGUUUUGUGUUUACUUGUCAGAUGACAUUAGUCUGAGGAGGGACCACCAUCCCUAAAGGUUUCACCAACUAAUUAAAGAGGUGGUUGCUAAGAGAUGACAAUCGCUGACAUUGGUGAAAGCCUCGCACGUUCAGCAGCCUGAGGCUCGACAUCUCUGUGAUCCUUUUCCUCCACGCAUCUGUCUGUGCGUGGCUCAUGUGAAGCUCGUAGGAGACGCUCUUCUAGCGGCGGACUCACCAUGGCAGCUUCUCCCGCUCCAUGCGCCGGUACCGGCACCACCACCAGCAAGGUGGCCCAGACCGCAUGGCGAAGGCAAGGCGGCGGCGGCGGCGAUGAGGCGGAUACGCACGAAAGUGACCGGAGGAAGAGCGGGAAUGGGGACCUGGGACAAAACACUUUGCAGGAGAAAACCCAUGAGUUCUUCCAGAUGUGUGACAAUGAGAACAAGGGCUUCAUCACCCGACGUGACAUGCAGAGACUGAAUGAAAAGCUUCCUCUUAGUGCGGAGGAGUUGGAGAACGUAUUCGACACACUUGACUCUGAUGGCAACGGAUACCUCACCCUCAGCGAGUUCUCCUCCGGCUUUAGUGAGUUUAUGUUUGGCCAGAAGAUACCUACAGAGGAGGGGAUGGUGGAGAAGACUCCCAAUAAGUGCCCACCAGAGGUCUUGUACCAAAACCAGUGGGAGGAGAGCAUGGCGAGAGUAGAUGAGGAUGAGGAGGAAAAACACUUUAGAAUGCUUAUGGAGAGCCUUGGAGCCAACAGUGUCUUUGAAGACCCGGCUGAAGUGCGCAGUCUGUGGGCUCAGCUGCGCCGCGAUGAACCGCACCUUUUAUCCAAUUUUGAGGACUUCCUAGCCAGAGUGACAUCCCAGAUCAUUGAGGCAAACCAAGAGAAGAGGGAGAUGGAGAGUGCUCUCAAAAAAAAAGCAGCAACGCAUGACGAUGAGAUCCAGCGCCUGUAUGAGGAAAUGGAGCAGCAAAUUAAAAAUGAAAAGGACAGAAUUGUGCUGCAGGACUACGAGCGGUUUCUGUCUCGCAGUCAAGACCUGGAGCAGCAGCUGUCCAGAAAGGAGAGGGAGCUGGAGCAGCUCUUCCAGAAACAGAGACGGUUGGAAAGUCAGUGCCAGGAGCUCCACAGUGAACAACACGAAACCAAAGUGGAGAACGUGAAGUUAAAGCAGACAAAUGAUGAGUUGGCGCGGGAGCUGGAGCACACCAGCCAAGAGCUUAACCUGGCACAGGAGCAGCUGUGUUUACUGCAGGAGCAGUCUGCACGACUUCAUGACGAGAAGGAGAUGGAAAUAUACAGACUAACUGAAGGACUGCAGAGAGAGCGAGCGAGCCUCCUCAAACAGGUGGACCUGUUGAGGGAAAUGAACAAACAUUUACGGGAUGAAAGGGACAUAUGCUAUGAGAAACCAAAGACUUCUAAGACGACAGUUUUGAAGCAGAGGCCUCUCGGCUCUGUUGUAAAACACGCAGAUGAAAAUGUCUUCAAAAGUGAGGACGAGGAGGAGCCGAACUCCUGUUCCGUGACGCACAGCCAAGUGAACGGUUCGUGCCGACCGUCUCGCCUAGCAGACGCACGAGGGCACUUCCAGAGGAUCAUCUCCAUCGAGGAGGACCACCUACCCUACUUGCUUAGCGACUGUCAGCCCCCAACGCCUCUUCCAGAAUGUAACGAACAGGAGGAAGUCUCAGACGGUGAAGAGAAGAUAGACUUGGUGAUGAGCGAUAUUUGCCCACGUGCGUCAUCAGCCCAGCAGCAACAUUCAAAUAGAAGUAUGGAGAAAAGCCAAACCCCAGCAUCUCCAAGGGGUCAGCCUGUUGGCGAGGAGACCAGCAUGAAUGAUGAAGGAGGUGGUCCGUCAGCACCUGACCGCCUCUUCAAGAUUGUCCUGGUGGGGAACUCUAGUGUCGGAAAGACCUCCCUCCUUCGGAGAUUUUGUGAUGACUCCUUCCACCCAGGCACUUCUGCUACUGUGGGUAUAGACUACAGUGUAAAGACCAUAGCUGUGGAUAACAGCCAGGUGGCACUGCAGAUGUGGGAUACAGCCGGACAGGAGAGAUAUCGAAGCAUCACCAAGCAGUUUUUUCGCAAGGCUGAUGGUGUGGUUGUGAUGUAUGACAUCACUGAUGAUCAGACUUUCACAGCUGUCAGGCAGUGGCUGACAAGUGUAAAGGAGGGUGCAGGUGAGGACAUACCCAUCAUGCUGUUGGGAAACAAAACUGACAAGGAGAUUGAAAGAACAGUUCAGAAAGGUGUGGGCGAGAGACUAGCCAAGGACUGUCAGAUGACCUUCUAUGAAUGCAGUGCAUGCUCAGGACACAACGUGGUGGAGUCCAUGAUUCAUUUAGCCAGAAUUCUGAAGGAGCAAGAAGACCGAGAGAAGGAGAAGACGGUCCGGCUGGUCAGCGUCCCCUCGGAGAAGAAGAAAUCCUGCUGCUAACAGAUAAACACUUAACACGUACACAGUAGCACUACCCUUUACUAAGACACACAAUCUAAUAGUGAAGACACAUUAUUCCCACUGUCAGCACAACUGUUUUUCACCCAGUGUUAAAGCACUCAGGGCUAAAACCCAGCACCAAAAUCAUAAUAACAUUGUCAGAUGUUUCAUAUGGGAUUAAGGUAUGAAAAUGAACAAAGUUAAAGCUCCUUUGAGUCAAACUCAGCCUUUUUUUUUUUAGUACUUUUUUAAACAUCAAACUAUUUCAUCCUUUAAAAAGUAAUUCUCUGAAAUUUCAUGUAUUUGUAAAGCUUCCCAAGGCCCUCUACAUUUUUACUACUUGUAUGAAUAUAUUCAGGGUUUUUAAGUUGUCAAUCCCGUGGACACGACAGCACGAGUUACUGUAAAGUUUAAGGCAUUAUCGAACAACCUUGCUGUAAACACUACCUUAGUAAAGUGUUUGGUGUCGAGUUUCCAUGGACGUGUUGAUUUAGGUUUGUCGUUAGAUUACUAAUGGUGUCAUGUGACAUUUCAGGAUAUUGUUAUGGCCAAAGUAACCUGUCAUUCAGCCAAGUACAGUCUUAUAUUGUGUUUUUUUCCCCCCAGGGUUGGAAUAAUUGAUAGUGUUUUAUAUACAAAUGUUUUCGUUCUUUGUCGACCUUUUGUACAUCUGUAGUCGCGUACCAUUCUUGCUAACUGAGCAUUUUGCUGAGAGGACGGCUCAGUUGUGUGGUAUUUAUAUUUAACAACAGGAAGUAGAUGAGGCCAGCAGGAAGACCAACCAAAAGCACAAACUAUUUAUUACAUAUCACCUUAGCAACGUGGCGCCAUGUAUUUUAAGAAAAAAAUGUCGAUGUAACGGUGUAAAGUCUUAUAAUCUGUAACUAAACGAUAAAACGAGAAGUUUUGGUAAAUAUGUUUUUUUUUUUUUUUUUUUACUGUCACUAACAGUGCACCACUACUGCCAGCAUCUCGCACACCACUUUAAUGUUUGUAAAUGUGUAAAUAGAAAAAUAAAUAAUUAUGUACAUGUCAUGUGAAAGUGGCUUUAUAUUUUUCUUCCUUGUUCAACGAAAUUCAAAUUAGUUGUGCAGCGUCACCCAGUGGAUCAAUUUAAUCAUUGCACUUUAUUCAGAUUUAAAUUGACAUGACAAUAUGUGAAACAACACUGAAGCUUUUAAAUAAUAAUAAAAAAGGAGAAGCAA